CAAGAUAUGGCAACACUUGGAGUAAAAGGCGUGCUCAAAGCCUCAUCCCAAUUUGGAGUCACUCAAGACAUCCUUGAUUAAGGCAGCCGCCGAUAUUGACAUGGACCUCGUUCGUGCUGCGACAGACGACUGGCCGCGCAGAUUGAAGGCCUGUAUUCAAAAUCACGGAGGUCAUUUUGAAUAAACUUUAGUGUCAUAAGAAUCUAUGUUUUGUUAAGUUCAUUUUGGUAUAUGAAUGGUUACAUAAUGAAUAAACUUGUUUCAAUUAUUUUACAUUAAACAUGUGACAGAAUUUAUGACCUGACUAGGUAUAUGUAUUCAUAUGUUUAUUAUUUUAAAGAUUAGACAAAAUAAAAAUGUAUUUUAAGUCUGUAAUGUAUUUAUUGAACUUUUUUUUUUAUACCAUUUGUAAAGAAUAUUGAUCAGAACAAUCGACAGCCUACCGCUAUAGAACAAAGAUUUAUCAAUAACAACUUAAUUUCCUGCUCACAAUACGCACAUAAAAAUCCAGUAUAGGUAUCAAGAGUUACCGAUGUUCACAGCGGGGCACUAGGAAAUGAAAGCCAUAAGUCGAAACAUACGAAUGUACAGUUCGUUACCGAGACCCAUAAGUUCCGGUCAUGUUACGAGCCUUCGAAUUUGCGUGUAAAUAAAAUAGCCAGUCGUAUCGGUGCCGUAGCCAAACUGCUCCCCCAAGAGACGCGAACCACGUAAAGUGGAAUGGGAUAUAAAAUGUGGAUUCACCCAAGUCAUCUCCGAAGGAUGUUUCAAUUAUACAAGAGCCCAUCAUCGUAUCAACACUGCAACGUGGAUCAUGCCCCUGUCUACUUGACACUUCUUCUUCUUAACAACACACAGACGUCGACUGCUGGACAUAGGCAUCCACCAAGCCUCACUACAAAGACCGAUUUAGAAGCUAAAACAUUUUCAUUAAACGAAGCAAUUGCAGCCGAAUCUGCAAAUCGCCAUUCCGAAGCAACAAAUACACCACAACUAUCAGAGAAAACAUCGGAGCGGUUUUCUUUAAACAAACUACUAACCCUACCUUCUUUAAAGAGGAACAAACUAAAAAAGCCUGGUUUAUUUUCACUGGUUCAUGAAAAAAGACAAUCUCCUUUUAAGUAUCGUAAAACCUUUGGAAUAAGGAGUCCUCUAAAACCAAGAAAACUAAAACGUUCACCGAAACUGCGAAAUAAACGGAGGAACCAAAUAUCAAAAAGCAAAUAUGACGAAAACGCAAUCCUCGACCAAAAAUACAUACCGCUUCUUAAGACUAUCGGUAUGUUGUUUGAUAAUCUCCUUGGCACAGACCAAAGUAGCUCCGAAGAAUAUAAGUCACGAAAACAUAGAAGGAAUAAAUAUCGAACGUUAUUCUUCGAAAAUGACAGCGGAAUCGGAUGCGCGUGUCAUAAAUCAAGUUUUGAGAACGAAUCCGAAACGAUUCAAGCGCCAUCUUCUAUCAAGGAUUCUACAGCUUCCACUACAGUCCCGACUGGGAUCGAGAUUGCCGAGACUACCUCCACGACAGCCGAUUAUCCUACCACUAGUGACAUCAGCAGUAUCAGACACGAUCAGAACUUACCCUUACUACUUCCAAGAAAUUCCCAUGGCUAUCAGCGAAACAGUAUUAGAAACAGUGAGAGAAGCAGCCCCACACGUGACAGGAGCGCUGAAGGACAUUUCACCUGGAAUAAUGGAGAUAAUGAAUAUGAUUCCAAAUUCCGAGAAGAUGGGUCCAUUACAGAAGAUGAUGACGAAAUUCCCGACAGUACUUCACGAAACAGUUCGAGUAGCAACAGACUCGAUCGAAGAUGGGGAAGCCAAGAUGUUAGAGGAAGUGAAGUCUCUGGAGAUUGGACCGAUUUGGAGGAUUAUCAAAAGCAAGCCUACAAAAUCAGAAGAGGUAGUGGGAAAUAUAAAGAAGAAAAUAAAUUGGAAACUGGAGGAAACAAAACAGAGAGCACAAAAUCUGUACCAAAACAUCUUCGAAGAUUACGAGGACCAAUACCCGAGAAAAAAAACGUCAAGAUCACAAACGACAUACACUCCAAAGAAGAUGAUGAAAAAAUCAAGCAACACAAUAGCACCAGUCAUCAAGGAAUCCUUGUCGGAAAUGGCACAAAUACCACACAAAAUAAAAAAGUUCGUCCAAGAAAUGAAGCAAUGAUGUUUGUUAAAAGUUCCACUGGCAGACAAAAUACAAUCCAAACAAAUAAUUCUGAUAAAAAAUCACCAGUGGUUAUGAUUAUAGAUGGCUAUAGUGUAACUCGAAACAAAAAUGGUGAGAACAAAGUAUCUAAUAAAUCUAUUCACAUGCACUCUUAAGAAAACAAAAAAUUUGAAAAUUGCAAUAAAUGUAUUAUAUUUUAGAUAACAUGACUGCUUUAUGACACUU